GCGGUGGGCGGCAUCCCUGCAGAGGACGACGGCAUGCAGGGCGACAUCAUGCAGGACACUACUUUAUCUCAGCGGUUGGCGGACACCUCGUUGACGGAGACUCCUCCGGGACUGCCUGCCCCGCCGCAGCCUCAGCACAUCGGGGUCUCGGACCAUCUGUUCGCCUCUUACGUUGAGGACUGCAUGAGCAGCGACUUCGCGGUGGUGGCGACGGGCCAGGAGAUGGUACACCUCACGCCUCGGAGUCAACUCAGCACGUGGACGAGCUUGGAGGGCGUGCUCCGCAACCUUGGCUUCCACACUGCGCACACGGACGCCUGGGCUGACGCGGCCGCUGGCCGUCUGGAGGCCGCUGCGGACAGCAUCAGGCGGGAGCUGGCGAGCACGGGAGGGCGUGGUGGUCUUCGUGCCCCUCCGCGGCGGCUAUGCCAGGAGCUGGGGACCAUGGGCCUCGCCUUCCUCCACACUCUCCGGGCGGCGGACAGCGUGAUUGGCACGCAGUGCUCGAAUCAUCUCGGGCUGACGGCGGCACAGCUGACGCCGGCGCUCUCGGCAGGAGAGGCAACGGAUAUGUGCCUUGCCCUGUGCUCCUCCGCAUCUGACGCCUGCUGGACACGCCUGGCCGGCAAGGAAGUGAUCCUGUGGUCUCCUGCCGCUGCUGAAGACUUCGGCCGCCUGCUUGGGGGCUUUGUGCGCCAUCUGGGGCUGGGCCACCGCGGCACUACGCUGCAGCUCGUGUGCCCCCUCGACGAGUUACCCGGCUGCUCCACGCCUACUGCGAUCUUGCAGCAUUGGGCGCACCCAGGCUUGGGAGAGCGCUGGGCGGGAGUAUUGGCCAAGGUGGAGUUCAUGCUACAGCCGCUGGAGCAGGUCAGCCCUGGCGGCCGGUUUGCGCAGGUAUCGUGGCGACCGGUGGGCCUGCUCACCUUCCAGCACGAGGCGCUGCUCACGCUGCCGACGACGCUGACGAUGGAGGAGCCCUGGAAGCAGGUCGCGGUGGGGCAGGCCACCAUAAAUCUUGAUUUUCCGUCGCGUGCCGAAGCCCAGGCGCUCGAAGCGGCGGCUGCAGUUCUGGCAAUGGGUUGGGGGCAAUCGGAACCCCGCCGAAGCCCUGCUUCGCAGAAGUCGGACCCCCGACUGCGCCUCACUUUAUACUCUGGCGAGGCCUCUUGCACGGCCCUGGACGCGGCCGUCUUCGCACGUGAACUUCAUAAGCUGCUCCUGCCAAUGGGGGGCGUCGCUGCCCGCGGCGACAUUUUCAUGGACGACACAGCGCUUAUCAUGUCCACCACGGGUCCGGGAGCCUUCACGGUGGCGGGGGGCAAUUGCUUGGAGCUGCUUCCGCUCAGCACGAGGACAGCCGUGGCUCGCACCAGUUUGGACGAGACAAGGUGGGAGGAGGACAUGAGGAACUGGCAGGCCGCAGACCCGCAGCGGUGCCUUUACCACCUUCGACACAAACGACUUGUCAACGAGGGGGGGCUGUGGGUCUCUGCUCCCGGGACGGCGAACGUCCAGCGGCAACGUGCGGCCCGCACUGAUGAGGUGUCGGCUCGCCUCCUGCUGCAGCUGCAUGGCCCGCCUGGCCCCCGGCCCGACCUCGUCGUGCAGGCGGCGGGCGACAUGAUCCACAGGGCGCUGGGCCAGCAGGUGCGGCGCAUACACCAAGAUGAGGCUCUGGAAGCUUACACCCUUCGGCCCGAACGUGGCACGGUGGCGGGCGCCCUCACUGGCCGGUUGGAGCUGGCU